AUGCAAACUCUUCUACCGCCGGCAUCAUGCGCCGGCAGGUUCACGGCGGUUCCACUCUCAGCCUCAUCCAUUUCCGUCCCACGUAUUCACCGAAGACUUCCCAUCCCGAAUUCCUCGCCCUCACUCCCUCUCAAGCUUACCGCUUCUUCUCCCUUUUUCAGUUCCUUCAUUUCUCACCGACCAUGGAAGCUUCCCUUCACCGUAACCGCUUCUUCCCAACCCUCUCCACCUUUCACUCCUUCAAACGAAGAAUCAGACAAAGCAAAACUCGAUCAGGUGUCCAAGAGAUUGGAGAAAACGGCGAGGCAUUUUAAGCGUCUAGGUAGCUUAGGGUUUUGGGGUCAGCUAGUGUGCACCAUUGUAUCAGCUGUCAUACUGUCGUUUUCGGUAAUCGUUACCGGAAAAGUCACUUCGCCGGCAACAUUUUAUGCGACAGCCGGUGGAAUAGCGGCUGCAUUCAUUUCAGUGUUUUGGUCCUUUGGCUAUAUCCGGCUCUCCGAGAGGCUUCGCAGGACUGCAAACGAUCCUACCAAGGCACCCCCUCGAUCUGAUGUUGUGAAAAGCUUACAAAAUGGUAUAGUAUUGAACCUUUUGGGGAUGGGUGCUGCUAUUCUCGGUAUGCAAGCCACGGUUGGAUUCUUGGUUGCAAAGGCUCUAACUUCCUCUGCCAACCCAUAUUAUCAGGGGAUCGCUCCUGGUUCAAGCCCUGUUCUUGCGUUAGAUGUCUUUUUGGUGCAGGCUUCGGCAAACACAAUUCUCUCUCAUUUCCUUGGGCUUCUUUUCUCACUGGAAUUGUUGAGAUCGGUCACAUUGCCGCCUUCAGAAGCUCUUCCAUUUCUCAAGUUUGCAUAA